AUGCUUCAUCAGCUUCUGAUCAGUCUCGGUGGAGUAUUGUUCUGCCAUGGGGCAUACUCGGUUUACGUUGAACGAAUUCUGUUGCACGGCGGGACCAGUCUACAAUACAUACCUUCAACAUGGUUGAUUAGUCAAUUGGCAGCCUCGUUUCUUCUCCUGGUCACUGGGAUCACUCUAUCAGCACCCCCGUUGAAAAACAUACACUGGAAAGCCGAGUUGAAACAAAGAUCGAUCGACGGUUUCGAUUCGAAGAUGGGCUUCAUCAACCUCAACACUAAACUAGCUACCCUCAGCAAACGAUGAAAAUUUCAAACAUCACCUCAUCCGUAGCUGAAAGCACUAGAAUGAUCUGCAAUACUCAGCAAGCGAUUAUGGGCCGUGUACACUCUGACGUAUUUUUACAUGUGUAGUGAUG